AUGUUCGAUGAUAAUGAAAUUCAAGUUGCCAAUAAUUCAAAAGAAUGGAUUAAAGAAGUUAUUUCUAAAAAGCAUAUAAAAUAUUACGAAUAUAUUCAAUUUCACAAUAUUGAAAAAAUUGGUAAUGGCAAUUUUGGGAAAGUUUAUCGUGCAAAAUGGAAAAAUUCGGAACAAUAUAUGAUAUUAAAAUCUUUCUAUAAUUUUGACAAUGCCAUCGUAAAGGAAAUUAUACGUGAGUUUGAACUUCAAAAUGAAAUUGGCUUUCAUAAUAAUAUUAUUCGUUUGUAUGGAAUUACAAAUAAAGAAAGCAAAAAUGGACAAUUGAAAUAUUUAUUGGUAAUGGAGUAUGCUGAUGAUGAUUCACUCCAAAAUUAUUUGAAAAAAAACUAUAAGAAACUUAUUUGGGAAGAUAAAUAUAAAUUAUCAUUUCAAUUAACAUUUGUUGUAUCAUGUUUACACGAUAAGGGAAUCGUACAUCAGGAUUUGCAUUCCGGUAAUAUAUUGAUUCACCAAAAUACCAUCAAAUUAGCUGAUUUGGGGUUAUCGAAAAGGAUCGAAAAGGCAUCUAAACGAGAAUCUGACUUAAUUUGUAUGGUUCCUUAUAUUGAUCCAAAUAAGUUUUUAAUACAAUCAUACUCAUUAAAUGAAAAGAGUGAUGUUUACAGCAUUGGAGUACUUUUAUGGGAGAUAUCAAGUGGACGACCGCCAUUUAAUGAUAAAUUAUAUGAUAAUAAUUUAAUUACGCAAAUUUUAUUAGGUUAUAGAGAAACAGUUGUUCCGGAUACACCUACUGAUUAUUUUAAUAUAUAUACUGAAUGCUGGGACAGUGAUCCAGAUAAUAGACCUACGAUGAGUCAAGUAAUUUUCAAAUUGAAAAAUAUUAUAUCAAACCCAUUACAUGAAGAAACACCUCAAAUCAUUCAAAUCAUUCAAAAUUUUAAUAAAAUUGAUAUAUUAGAAAUAGAACCUUCAAUACAAGAUAUCAAUGAAAAUAUAUUUGAAGAAGAUUUAAGUAAUUUGGUUGAUGAAUUGGUUCAGCUUAUUUUUGAUGGAGUAAAUGAAGGAAAAGAAUUAAUAGUAAGAAAGAAACAGCUUUUUGAUUAUAUUAAUAACUCUAAGACGAAUUCACGAGAAAUUUAUAACUGGCUUUUAAAUAAUCAAAAUAAUUCAAAUUCUAUUUAUUUACUUGGAUAUUUCAGUUAUCAUGGAAUUGAAACUAUUGUUAAUAAACGAAGGGCUAUUAAAUUAUAUCAAAAAGCAGUAGAGUUAGAAAAUAGUGUAGCUCAAUUUGAUCUUGCCUAUAUUUAUAUAUAUGGAAAAGAUGCUGAAAAAAAUUAUAACAUAGCAUUUGAAUUAGCAAAAAAAUUGACAAAAAAAGAUUAUUCAGCUGGAGUAAAUAUGUUAGGAUAUUGUUAUGAUGGUGGAAUUGGAACUAAUAUUGAUGAAUUAAAAGCCUUUGAAUUAUAUCAGAGAGCAGCAGAUUUAGGAAAUUCUAAUGGAAUAAAUAAUUUAGGGUGUUGUUAUGAAAAUGGAAUUGUAGUAGAUGAUAAACAAAUGGCAUUUGAAUUAUAUCAAAAGGCUGCAGAUUUAGGAAAUGCAAGUGGAAUGAAUAAUUUAGGGUGUUGUUAUAAGAAUGGAAUUAUAGUUGAUGCUGAUAAAGAAAUGGCCUUUAAAUUAUAUCAAAAGGCAGCAAAAUUAGGGAAUGAUUUUGCUCAAUAUAACCUUGCUUUGAUGUACGAAAAUGGAGAUGGAAUAGAAAAAAAUGUGGAAAAAGCAAUUUAUUGGUAUGAAAAAUCAGCUGCACAAGGAGAUCCAGAUGCUCAAAAAAAAUUAAAAACUCUUAAAGAAAUUAAUUAUUGGUUUGAUUCUGAUUUUUAGUUAUUAUUACACAUAUAUCCGUAUAAUACUUCCCCCUUAAAUUAGUAAUACCCAUGUUGUAAAACCCGGGUAUAAUAAAAUAUAGUAAAUUUAAAUUAUUGUAUCAUAACUCUCCUAUUAAUCCUGGGAAAUUAUUUCCUAAGCUUACAUUAUACCACUACCAAUAUCCAAUAAGAUACUACCAAAUUUUUAUAUAAGGUAUUUAUAGAAUACCCAUAGGCAGUGUUGCAGAUAAUAGUACUUAUUUCAAAUACCAUAUACACUUUAUCUUAAAGUUUUAUCAUCCUAAAAGUGUUUUUUUUUAAUACUGUAAAUUAAGUUCAAUACGAAGAAUGCAAUUUAUUCUUCGCCACUUUUAAUUAUCCGACUGUGAUAAUGCACUGUAAUAAUU